CUUAUAAGAUGGAUUUCAAGUUCUGGGCAUCUCUGUCCAUUAUAUGCAUAUUGAUGAACUACUGUCAAAUAUGUGAAGGCAGACCUAAACCAAGAAAUUGUAUGGGUCUUAUCAAGCAAAAAGGCUGCAAGUACAACAACAUUGGACUUUCAAAAAGAUUAGUCGAUGAAAUUAUGAAAAGAACGGAAACCAACGGAGCAAAUACACAAGAAGACUGGGAAAGGGAAUUACAAACGGAAGAUGAGCCAGAACUCAAAGAAGAACAACUCUUCGCUGACAGGGCGCCCGCUAACGACUGGCAGGGUUUAGAUGAGGACACGCAGGCCUUUCUGGACACGAGAGAGCAAGAGAUUGAAGAGCUGAGGACGAAAGAACUAAAACUGCUUCUAAUCAGGGCUAUGCUAGACGAUCUUGAUAAUGAACAUUUCGAUGAUGUGUAGUCAUGGCAACCAUGUGGCAUCAAUGUAUGCGAAUCGUUUAAGGCCCAUUUGAAUAAUAUUUGGGACACCCAUUUAUGAUCUCAGUUGAGAUCGCAAUAUCGCUUAACAUAACAAAACAAAAAAGUGUGCGUUCCGUAUGGCGGUUACUCGAAGUAAUUAAGCAUGUACUAAACUAGUUUUAAAAGAAGCGGGAAAGUGAGAGCUACUCGGUAAAGGUGAAGUUUGACUGACAAGAUUAACUCGAUCGCCUUGUUUACAACUUGGUAUCUUCUAAUAUUCAGGAUGUAGUAUCAUGUUAGCACUAAAGCGAUCAUCUAAAAUUAAUCGAAAGCCCUACAUUGAUCUUAACUAUAAGUUGAGAUUUUUCAAAUCGUUCGAUUGCUUUAAUCGAAUUGCAACUCUGUCUCAGACAAGCACACGUCUCGCUACUUUUUAUAGCUAUGAUCCAAUAUAUACCAAAGCUGUAGCUAUAUAUUUAGGAUGCGAUGGUGAACUAAGUUAAAAGCAGUAAAUUCCAUCUUGAGCUUGGUAAGAUGGGGAAAAUGAAAAAUAAUAGAAAAAAAUUAAAACAACCUAAACCGGUGACUAUCCCAUAGAAAUCAGAUAGAAUAGAAGAUGAGUUAUUUAGACAACAAUGGUUUCAUGAAACAUUCGGAAAGUUUUAGCCUAUUUUAUGGGCCAAUUGAUGAUGUCAUAAGACCGUAUUUUUUCUAUUUAUUUCGUGAUUAUCUUAAUUUGUACUUUCUUGCUAGAAGUUCGUCAAAGCUUGAUUUUGAUCCAUGCAUAUCGAAUUUGUAAAACCAUCAUUACUUUAGCAUAAAUGUUGGUAUAAUAGUUUAUGCACAUGACAAAAUGCGCAUAGGUAAUUUAUUGUACCAUGUGUACUGUAAAUAUUGAAAAUAAGCACAUAUGCUUGUAUACAUAAAUAAAUGCAUUGUGUAGGCCUUAAAUUCUUAAAAGUAGUAUCACUUUUCCGGUUCCUUACCGUAUCGGUUAAUAAUACGGUAAAGAACCGGAACCGUAUGUAGCCGUGCGAUAUACAGUUACUUGCAAGAUAGGUAUUCAAAUAGUUCAUUUUAAAGAAAAAAAAUGAAUGAGAGGAGGCGGUGAAUAUAAUUACAAAAAGGAAUAGAUCCAAAUUUGAAUUUUCAAAGAAAAUCAAUGGCUGAAGAAACAUCACUUUACUUAAAUCAAACUUGGAAUUAUACGAUACCCGAUUAUAAUCAGAUAAUUCACAUAAGUAUAUAUACCAAAAGCUGUAUAUAUAUUUAAGGCCUAUAAAUUUAAAGCUAAGAUUGUCAAUGUUGUAGUAGUUUUUCCACAUUAUUAUUUUUAACAAAUUAAGAAUCUACGGUUAAAUUUCCAUUCCCCAACGAUAAGCACAAAAUAUUUAAUCUGAACAUCCGUUUUCCCUCACGUUUCUUCCACGUUUAGUAACUCGGGAACUUCUAUAAUGUUUCGUAUAAUUGUAAAAUAAAUGUUUUGGAAUUGUUUUACGUGCGUUAACCAUGUAAACAUUAUUUAGUUUGCCUUCUGCUUUAGAACGCCAUUAUUCAAAAGCUAUCUGAUCAAAUUUGGCUGAGUUCUAGUAAUUGCCUUUUUAUGGAAAUACCGUGAGAUAAUAAGAGCACUUUGGUGUACCUUUGGAAUGAAUACAAACGUUUACUUUAAAUUUCAAAAAUUCAAAAUAUAUCUAGCUCGGUUUUAAAUAGGAACCAGCCGAAUAUUGAAUUCAUUUUUCAAUCAUAAGGAUUCACUUUUAACUCUAAAAAAAAUUUGAAUUCGAAUCUGUUAGCUUUAUAUUUAAAUCUAAAUCCAAUAUUUGGCUGGUCACUAUUCAAAGCCGAUAUGAAAUUAUUUUCAUCCUUAAAAUCUAUAGUGUAAUAUUGGUGGAUAGGUUUGUAAGGGAUUUAUCAUGUUUAUUUUUCACAUAAAAAAUAUAUUUUCAUAUCAUUUUGUAGAGAAUACUUCAUUUGUUAAGAAAUAAGAAUUAUUUAAUGCAAAUGCAUACACUCUAAAUUUCAAGAAUUUAGCAUUAAUCGGCUGUAAUGACCAGCUGAAUGUUGGAUUUAUUUCUAAUCUUAAGAAUUAACUUUCAUAUCUCAAAAUAUUUAAAUUUAAAUCUAUUAGCUUUAGAUUAAAAUUCAAAUCUAAUAUUCGUCCGGUCACAAUUUAUCGCCGAUCUGGAUUAAUUUAAAAUCCUUGGAAUUCAGAUUGUUUUUGUGUUGUCUAAAAUGGUUGGCUUGUGGUAAAAAGUAUCAUGUUAUAAGCCUGUAAUAAAUCAUUAUAAUUUAUAUUUAGAAAUAUAAAAGCCCAUUUUUUGUAGAAUAUGAACAUUCUUUGAAUUAAAUAUGACUUCCCAGUGUUAAGCCCACAACAAAUAUCUCCAAACCUGCUUCAUUCAAUUAUUAACGUUUCUUGCAGAAAAGAUAGGGUUUUCAUGCGUUUUCUAGAUUUUUUGCGUUUUUUUGUUGUUGUUUAGUUUUACUUGAUAUUUCAUAAAUUUCGGGAUCUUGAUUAUAAAGGAGGUCAUGAAACAAAACCCAGAUAUUAAAUUAAUUAAAAAACUUUCUGGUGUUACACCACUUUUCCAAGGUUACAACGGAAUCAAGACCGUAAAUUCCUCUCUAAAUGUGUUAUAUAUUACUACAUGAAUGCUUAAUCCUAUAUAUUUUCAACUAUGAAUGAAAAUAUAUAAAUUCUUUAAUACAUCGAGUAGGAAAUUAUUGAUGAGUAUGAUUAUUCCAUAGUUUUCAUUAUGUUAUAGAAUUAUCAUCUUGUGACCACGUUACUAAAAUGGUUUAAAAAAAAUAUAUAUAAGACAAUAUAUAUGACUGUAUAUUUUCUUACGAUAUAAACACUUAAGUAUUUCAAAUUCAUUUCAAAUGAAAUAAUGACGUUAUAAGUUAUUCACACUUGCUAUAAUUAGUAGCAUGGCAAGACCGCACAUUAGCAUGUUGAUUAUUAACAAAUAUUCAAUAUGAUUGUACAUAACACCAUGAGGACCAGCUUUUAACCAAUAUUGGUAUAAAUUUAAGAAUGCAUUGUACAUUAUUUCCCUUUAAAAAUUUAAGUUCGAAUUCAGCGAAACGACAAUCCUUCAUGUAAAUCUAUAAUAUUUUCUUUGACUAAAGAUAUUCAUGUUUAAUUGCAUGCCAGAUGGUUAUCGAUUUUAUUGUGAAGUACUCAAAAGUAUGAAUAUUUUAAAUAGGCUCGAAUUGUUUCUCUGAUAUUUUGAGCAUUGCAUUAGGUGUGGCUGUUUGUACAAAGUGCACUUUCUCUGAAAUAUAGAUGCAGCUUUAUUAGAACGUAUACGAAUAUAAAUAUAUUUUGUGUGUGUGUUACAUUCUAAUAUACUUGGCUCGGAAUGUUGUAAAGCACUAAGCAGCCUUUGGAUGAAAAAUAUACCCACUGUUAUUUAGGUCACAAUGGAUGUUAUGGUACUAAACUUAUUUUGCAAGGCGUGUCUGUCAUGCCUGUAUUAUGGAAACAAUGCGAUUGCUGCAAAUUGCAACAGACGUUUGUACUAAUAAUAAUUCAUAAGGAUUAUGUUUACAACUAAAAAAUCCCGAUUCUAAUACAAUACAUUGCUGGGUAAUAUGAAUAGAACAAAUAUAUUUAAAGAUAGGAAUGAAAUCUAUUUCAAUUUCAUCUUUAUUUUGAUGUAUACGUUAUAUUGGUGAUAUGUUGUUAAUAUUUUAUUGAUCUCAAGUCUAUCAUAGGAUGUCGAAUAAAAAACAAGGCUGGAGAGAAAAGCAAAAGGAAACACUAUUGCCCGAAAUCACAAAAGUGGUUUUCAAAACCCACUGUUGGGUCCAUGGUUAAUGAAGAUUUCCUGUAUAAAUCACGCUUAUUUAUAUUCAUAUUAGAACAUGUCCAAUGCUGAUGUGCGAGUUUGUCACAGUGCGCCAAAUUGACGCCUGUUGCCGUGGUUAUCGACGCUAUUAUAGGUCUAUUGUUUCUAAUUAAUGAGUCCAUUCUUCAAACAGUGGACUCAUGAAUAAAAUAGCGUAUCUUACCAUGGUAACGGGGUCAAUUUGGCGCAUUGUGACAAAGCACGCAUUAGCAUUGGAAUUUUUUUUAUACACGCACCCGAUACGCGCCAAGUAAAGCGUAAUUUAUACAGAAAAUCUGCAUAAACCAUGGACUCAACCGUGAUUUUCCAAAACCAACUUUGUGAUUUUGGGCCUAUAGCUUGAACAGUUAUGAACUUAUUUCAACGUAGUCUGAAAUAUAGGAGAAUAAUAUAGACAUUUGAUUCAAAGAGGUCAAUACUUAAGAAAUUAAGGGUGUUUUAAAAAUGAAUGGAAAUACGAUGCAAUCGAUUCCCAGAUUAAUGAAACACCUGAAUACGAAAAAUGAUGUCCAGAAUAUUUAAUUUAGCUUUUGAAAUACGGUGGUCAAAAUAAGGGUGAAGUAAACAACAUAUUCACGGAUUCUCUCGAAAACCCCUGGAAUAAUUGCCUGCUUUCUUCUUUAAUAGUAAGACAACAUUAUUUGUUAGCUCUGGGAUCUACUUCCACAUUAUAAUGGACUUAAAAAAACCCAAUUAAUUCCGAAAUUCAUUAAUUAAAACAUAAUGUUAUGAUAUGAUCUAAAAGGUACAAUCUGAUUCAGGUUGCAUUAAUACCAUCCAUUUAAAUGGAUAAAGGGUGAAAUUCGAUUUCAGAAAAAAAUACUUGGGCAACUUUAACGAAAGAAAAGUUAAACAUCUUUAUGCAGAAUUGUACACACCGUGCCAAUAUUGUAAAAACUGAAAAGAAAAAAAAAAUGUAAUAAACCCUACUUUUGAAAUAGAA